AUGUCGGUCAAACUCACAUUUAUCUCUCCUGGUGAUGGGGGUGGUAUCAGCAGGAGUUGUUCCUUCACUGGAUUCAGCACUGUGCAAAGCAGAAAAUUAGCAAAGUCUCUCAGCAGAAGUUCAGUGAGAUCAAGAAUGUCCCUGAAAUCCCCCAAGGCUUAUAAUUCCCUGCAGAAGGGGGCAGUCAUCUGGGAUCCAAAGCCGCUGCAGGUGAAGAAAAUUUUUGAAGCUUUGAAGAAAGGACUUAAUGAAUACUUGGAAGCACAUCAGGCUGAACUGGAUUAUCUCUCUGGUCGACACAAAGACACAAAAAGGAACUCCAGAUUGGCUUUCUACUAUGACCUGGAUAAGCAAAUCCGCUCUGUGGAGAGAUACAUCAGAAAACUGGAGUUUCACAUAAGCAAGGUAGAAGAACUCUAUGAAGCUUACUGUAUCCAGUGCAGACUACGAGAUGGGGCCACUAAUAUGAAACAUGCCUUUUCCUUGUCUCCUUCCACCAAAGCCUCCAGAGAGAGCCUAGUGGAGCUUUACAAGAACUUCCAGGAGUGCACAGAGGACAUGUGCUUUAUAGAAGGGGCAUUGGAGGUCCAUUUGGGAGAGUUUCACUUGAAGAUGAAAGGGCUGGUGGGCUUUGCACGUCUCUGCCCAGGGGACCAGUAUGAGGUGUUUGUGCGACUGGGGCGCCAAAAAUGGAGGUUGAAAGGCAAGAUUGAGACUGAUGACAGCCAAACAUGGGAUGAGGAAGAAAAGAUUUUUAUACCCAAUCUCCAUGAGAAGUUUGAAAUCAAGGUGACAGAGCUGCGAGGACUGGCCACUAUUCUAGUUGGUGUUGUGACAUGCGACAGCAUAAACUUCUUUACAACCAAGCCUCAGGCAAUCAUUGUGGAUAUAACUGAACUCGGCACCAUCAAGCUACAGCUGGAGGUCCUCUGGAACCCCUUUGACACAGAGAACCUGUUUCUGUCACCUGGAGCCACUGCCAAGUUUUCUGUGGGUAGUAGGAAGAGCUCGUUAUACAAUUGGACCCCACCAAAUACUCCCAGCUUCAGGGAGAAAUACUACCUGUCUGUUUUGCAACAGAGGCAGAACCAAGGGGAUGUAAGUGAUGAAGCUCAGCCUCCCAGCAUAUUGAGCUACUUGGCUGCCUGUGAUUUUGACGUACAUGGGAGGAGUAAGCCUCAUGCGGAGGCAAGUGAGGCAGAUUCCUUCAGCUCUGAGGAUCAGAGGGGGACAGAAUCCAGAAAUACAACUCCAGCUCUAGACCACAGGACGUUGCCAUCAGUGAUUAUUCAAGAGCGACAGCGUCCUCUUCCAAAUCACACAACUCUAGAUAUCCUGAAGAAGACUCCGUGUGUGGAUGGAUUUCCAAAUAACCCAUCUAGUUUUCUGAAUCGUCACAGAGGUAGUAGAGAUUCUUUCAACCAGACCAGAAUUCGCCAUCUGACAGAGCAAGAAGACAUCAGUCAGAAAAGCUUGAAUGCUGCAAAUGACCUAAAACUAGAUGGACCUACAAAGUCAAUUGAUAAGACUCUUGAAGAAGUGUUAAAUCUGCUGAAAUUACAUGAGGUGGGGCAGCCCCAACUGGAGAAAUUGGAAUACCAGGUUUCAUCUCUGAGGGAUAAAUUAAAGCUAAAGCCACUUCCUCACAAACAUUCAUCUAUGGAAAGCUUAAUGGUGGAGACAGUACUGGAAAGUUUUGACUUUUUAAACACUGACUGCAGCGCUGAUGAGCUUUCAUUAUUUGGAAGUGUAAGAACAGCCAGUAUCGGCACAUACAAUGACAACACGCUUCAGUCCCUGAGCUGUGACACGAGAACAGAAACAAGAGAUGUAACUACUGGUGAUGACAACUUGGACACACUCUUGAUAACUCAUCUGAAGCUGUGCAAAGGUCUUCUGCAGAAACUGAGGUCACCAAAUGUAGCCCAUGUUGUCCAGGAGAGCAUUCUGGAAGAAGUAUCGGAGCAGACACGAGUCCUGGGGGAUGUCUUGGAUAUGUCUGUCGAAGAAAUUAUUCAGAAGAAUAAAAAGAAGAAGCUUUAUCUGAAAAUUUGGAGUGAUCUUGCAGAGCCUGGCAGCAUCUUGCUUGCUUCAGCAGAAAGAUUCCGUCACGCACUAAAAUACACACUGACGCUCAAAGUGAAGGAAAAAUACCCGGGUCAAUUAGAAGCAGUGUUGCAGAGAUUGCUAGAGCAGAUCCUCACCUGUGAUGGGCUGCUCCCCUCCCAGUACCUCCCAGCAGGACCGGUUACUUUAUUCCAGUUUUACAGCUACCUGGAGAAACACCACAUCACCAGCCUGGAGAAACACUUUGGAAAACUUGCUAAGGAAGUAAUGCUCAUUGAGGAGCUGCAGUGCCCCGGACGGCUGAAGACUCUUAAAAAAUUGAAAGGAAAGCGACUGAACAAACUCCAACCUCUACCACAGACUUUGCGGCUACUUGGGAUUUUACAGCUAGACGACAACUACCGCGUCAGCAAAGCUGCCACAUCCUGCCUCUCCCGUGCAGCAGCAAACAAGAACUUCAGGGACAAGGCUCUCUUUUUUUACACUGAUGUUAUAGCUGACAGUGAUGUAAGACUUCAGCAAGCUGCAUGUUUGGCUCUUAAAAACCUCAGAGGUGUUGAGAGUAUUGAGCAGGUUGCCCACCUGUGCCAGUCGGAGACAGAGGAGGUUAGGAAUGCAGCCAGGGAAACAACACUUUCCUUUGGUGAGAAGGGACGGCAAGCCUUUGAGAAAAUGGACAGGAUUUGCUGUGAAUUAAGAGAAACUGUACAACAGGAGGCUGAAAUAGAAAUCACAGUAUUUUAG